AUGAAAAAGCUUCUUCCCUCUAAAGAACCAUCACCAUUGUUAGUUGUUCACUUGGUUAACAUUAUAUAUAGCGACUGCUUCACAUUACGGCUCUACAAUGGAGACUGGCAAUCAGAUGCCACAGGAUCAGCUAUGGUGAUGUUGAGUGCAUCUUCUGUCUUGAGUCAAGCUGGGAAGCCAGAAACAGUGAUGGAAGCUGUGUCUUACUGCUUGGAACAAACUUGCUCUCCAGACUACAGGCAUAUGGGGGGACUGCAAUUGGGAUAGGGUCUGAUUAACGAUGUAAUAAACCUACUAUCAUUGGGGGGUCCUGCUUUAAUCUGUGCACUCCGUGAUUUGCAGAGGCUAAUUCAGGAUGGGGAGAGGGAGGUGAAAGCUGAGAAAUCAAGAACUUCAAGAAGGUCAGAAAUCAGAAACAAGCUGAAGCUUGCUGAUAGGAAGGUUUAUUUCAUAAUGCGUUGGGUGCAUGAGCAACUAGGGGAAGGCUGGUCUUCCUUAGCAGCCAUUGUAGAGGCAGACAGAAGGAAAAUCUUGGAGAAUGGAAAAGAUAGAACUUCCUAA